AUGAUUCUCAGCGACGUUCUAUUAUUGUCGUUGGUGAUCAGCAGCAGCAGCAGUUCUUCUACCUCCAGAAGUCCCCAUUUACCCAUUGAUAUUGUCGUCGGUCUUCCACACGAAGAAGGCGAUCGUGGCAAGAACCCUUUUCUCCUAACUCUAGCCAAAUCCAAACCCGUAUUUGAUGUUGCCCUUGAAGACGUCUAUCACCUUAAAAUUCUGCCACGUGGUGCACUCAAAGUCACAUUUGAGAACUCGGCACUUUCGGACGCAGUCGGUCCGCAAAAAAUGAUUGAACACUAUUGCAACAAUACUGUCGAUGCGAUUAUGGGUCUUCCCUAUGUGUACGCGCUGGCGCCGAUCGCUAGAAUCUCAAAGUUCUGGGGACGAGGUGUUCCGGUGUUCACAACAACUGCACUCGUCGAUGAGCUCGGUGAUCGUAAUGAGUUUCCAUUGCUCACCCGAAUGAUGGGAAGUUAUAAAUCACUGGGAAAGCUGGUGACCCGGAUAGCUGAACGAUUCGAAUGGCAGCAUUAUUUUUUCAUGUUCAAUGAUGAAGUGGCUAGAGGUCCUAGGAAUAAAGGAAGAUCAGAGUGCUAUUUCUCGUUGUCAGCUAUCAAGAAUCUCAUUAUGAAUAAAAAAACGUCGACGUGGAAUGUGAAGAUGUUCAGUGAAUUCGAGGCGAAUCGUGAGCAGUAUCGUGCCUUGUUAAGUGAGGCGUCUGUUAUGAGUAAUUUCAGUCUUCGCUGCUCCACUCUGCAAUUAUUCUAUUCCGCGGUUAGAAGACGUUUGAUAAUACUAUGCGCGUCUCCGGAUACAGUUCGAGAAAUCAUGUUGGCCGCCUACGAUCUGGGAAUGGCGACAAGCGGGGAGUACGUCUUCAUCAACAUCGACGUUUCCACAGGAUCGCACGCCGAACAACCAUGGAUACGUGCCAACGACACGAACAACGAGGAGAACGAGAAGGCGAAAGAAGCAUAUCGAGCGCUCAAAACCAUCUCACUACGACGAUCCGAUUUGGCAGAGUACAGGAUUUUUGAGGCGCGAGUCAAGGAACGCGCGGAAGUCAAGUACACAUACUCGAAUAUCACUGGAAAAGAGUAUGAGAUGAACAAUUUCAUUAGCGCGUUUUAUGACGCCGUACUCCUCUACGCCAUAGCUCUCAACGAGACGAUUCAAUCGGGUCUGGAUCCGAGGAAUGGACACAAUAUCACGUCGAGAAUGUGGGGAAGGACGUUCGUUGGAAUCACUGGAAACGUUUCGAUUGAUCUUAAUGGUGAUAGGUAUUCGGAUUACUCGCUGCUCGAUUUGGACCCGAAUAGCGACAAGUUUGUGGUGAGUUUUCUCGUUUUGACUGGAACUUUUAAGGUCCUGAAAAAUGCUGGAAAUGAAGUGGCCUACUACAGUGGAGCAUCAAAUCAGCUAAAAACGGUGGGAAAUCUUCAUUGGGUCGGCGGAAAACCACCAACCGAUCUUCCCAUAUGUGGAUAUGACAAGAGCAAGUGCCCGCAAGGCUAUCCCCUCCACGUGUAUCUUCUGAUGGGAUCCUUCCUUCUGAUUCUCGUCCUCGUCGGACUGUUUAUCUUCUUCUGGCGUCGUUACAAACUGGAACAGGAGUUGGCCGCGAUGAGUUGGAAAAUUCGGUGGGAAGAGUUGGAUGGUGAGGAAUCGCAGAAGAAGGAGAAGAAGAAGGCGAAGAAGAGGAAGAAUCAUGAUGGAUAUCUGCCUGAAUCCGAUCCACUGUUGAGAUCCACGUCAAGGUCGUCGGUGAACUCGGACAAGUUCGACGAGGACAGUUUGAUUCCGAUCAGAUUCCGUCUGAGAUCAUCCAGCUCUGGAACAACGCGUAAGAUCUCGGCGAUGAUCGAUCGAAAGCUGAGCAUUUUCACGCGAAAGAAGAGCACACCACCGUCGGAUAAGGAGCAGAAGAACGGAGGGCUGACGCCGAAUUCGCUGCAAAAAGCUGAGAAUGGAGACUGUUCGCCGAUCAACGAGGUUCAAUUCCGGCUGCCACUCAAUGAUCGAAGGGUAUCGUCGCCAUCGUCAGACGCUAGAAAAAAGAAUAGCAAUGAGGAGGAUCCGGAUAAUGGAGCGAAGAAGUCGUUGAGUUUGAAGAAUCGAAAACUCAGUUUUGGAAUGGUUUCGUUUAAGAGCGGAAGUGGUGGAUCAGUGGAGACGAUAGCCCAGAACAACACUCAAAUAUACACCAAGACGGCCAUAUUCAAGGGAGUGGUUGUGGCCAUCAAAAAGUUGAACAUCGAUCCAAAGAAGUAUCCGAGGUUGGAUUUGUCGCGUGCUCAACUCAUGGAGCUGAAGAAGAUGAAGGAUUUGCAGCACGAUCAUAUCACGAGAUUCACCGGAGCCUGUAUCGACUUUCCACACUAUUGCGUCGUCACCGAGUACUGCCCGAAAGGAUCCCUUGAAGACAUUCUGGAAAAUGAGAAGAUUGAGCUGGACAAACUGAUGAAGUACUCACUUCUCCACGAUCUGGUCAAAGGUCUCUUCUUCUUGCACAACUCUGAAAUUCGAUCGCACGGAAGGCUGAAAUCGUCGAAUUGCGUCGUCGAUAGUCGAUUCGUUUUGAAGGUCACCGAUUUCGGACUUCACAAGCUGCACUGUUUGGAGGAGAUCAAUUUGGAGGAGAUUGGAGAGCACGCCUACUAUAAGAAAAUGCUGUGGACGGCUCCUGAACUGUUGCGAGACUCGAAUGCGCCGCCGAUGGGAACACAGAAGGGAGACAUCUAUUCGUUCGCCAUCAUUCUACACGAAAUGAUGUUCAGGAAGGGAGUGUUCGCGUUGGAGAAUGAAGAUUUGUCACCGAACGAAAUCGUCCAACGAGUGCGUAAACCAGUAUCCGAAGAUCAAGAACCCCUCCGACCGUGGGUAUCGGAAACCGCCGAUGGAGACGAUGCUCUGAACGACACACUGCUCUCCCUGAUGGUCGCCUGUUGGUCAGAAGAUCCACACGAACGGCCGGAAGUGUCAUCCGUGCGGAAAGCAGUGAGAAGUCUGAAUCGAGACAACGAAACGUCGAAUCUGGUGGACAAUUUGCUCAAAAGAAUGGAGCAGUAUGCCAAUAACUUGGAAGGAUUGGUCGAGGAAAGGACGCAAGAGUAUUUGGCUGAAAAGAAAAAGGUAGAAGACCUUCUCCAUCAACUUCUUCCACCUGCAAUCGCCGAUCAACUGAUUUCUGGACGGGCGGUACAAGCGGAAUCAUACGAUUGUGUCACCAUCUACUUCUCGGAUAUCGUUGGUUUCACAUCACUCUCCUCCCAAUCCACACCUAUGCAAGUCGUCACACUGCUCAACGAUUUAUAUCUGGCGUUUGAUGGAGUCGUGGACAACUUCAAAGUGUACAAAGUGGAGACGAUUGGUGACGCCUACAUGGUUGUGUCCGGACUGCCCGAACGACGAGACGAUCACGCGAAUCAAAUAGCUCAGAUGUCGUUAUCUUUGUUGCAUAAGGUUAAGAAUUUUGUGAUUCGACAUAGGCCGCACGAGCAGUUGAAACUUCGUAUUGGAAUGCACUCGGGAUCCGUCGUGGCUGGAGUCGUUGGUUCGAAAAUGCCCAGAUACUGUCUGUUUGGUGAUACGGUAAACACGUCAAGUCGAAUGGAAAGCAAUGGAUUGCCGCUGAAAAUCCACGUCUCCCAACAAACGUACGAUAUUCUGAUGCAAGAAGCGGGCUUCAAGCUGGAACUACGUGGAUCCGUCGAGAUGAAGGGCAAAGGAAUGCAGACGACGUACUGGCUGCGUGGCUACAAGGACGUCGAGAUUCCAGACUUUGGCGAGGAAUUCGCUUGA